AUGCAAAGAAUUCGAAGGAAUGCUUUUACUUCGGAUAAGAGGGAAGAGGCCAUGGCCAUGCCCGAGCCUCCACCACAAUUUUCACAUGAAACUGUUACGUUUGGUAUGGUAUCUUCAUCAGCUGAAGACUUCCCGCAUGAAUUAAGUGAAAGAGACGCACCGUGCCCAUCAUUAACAGAACAACAGAUCACAGCCUUUAGGGAGGUGUUCGACCUCUUUGACAGCAAUGGUGGAGGUACAAUCGACGCCGAGGAACUGGAUUUGGCGCUGAGAUCAGUCGAAAUCUAUCUGUCGCAAGAGGACUUACUAGAAGUACUGUCCGCCAUGGAUAAAGACGGAAAUGGUGAAAUUGAUUUCCACGAGUUCCUUAACUUGAUGACGAACACAGAGCGCUUCUUGGAGGGAUUCACCACUGUGGACGAAAAAAGGAAGAGAGAGCAUCUCCUCUUUGAGGCCUUGACACAGUUUAUGAAGAGAUCAGCCCUUCAUUCAAUUAGCGAAAUUGUCGGAUUUUACCAUACCAAGUACAAGCGCAUCCAGGCCCCCCACGUCGUGGGCCACUACGCAGCCGGGGCCCGGGUUAUUGGCCUGACAGAAAACCAGCUGAGAAGGCGCAUGGAGAGCCUGAAGGCGAGGCAUGCUGCUGGAGAUAACAAAUCCCCGUAUGCUGAGCCGUUGCACAUAGUUUUUGGCACGGUGGCGAGGAAAAAGUGUCCUCAACGCCGUGCUAAGACUAACCCCAUCACAGAAACAGAUGGCUUACCAGAAAUUUCUCUGACCAAAGGAAAGAUCAGACUAAAAUUUGGAAGACCACGCAUGCCACCCCCGUCUUCUUCUUACCCCAAUAUACUCGAAAAAAGCCCUGUUUUGCCAAACGCGUCUAUCAUACAACAGACUAUGAGCCCAGCAGCUCAGCUUCUAAUGCGCGGGCGUCAAACUUACCACCAAGGAAAACGUAAACAACGAAAACCGCCCCUGAAGAAAAACGGCUGGGUCAGCCAGAGAUUUAAACCAUUCCCCCUUGAGCUUCCUAGUAUCUUUGCUGAACGAGAAAAGAAAACAGGCAAACCAGAACAACACCCAAGCCUCACAUUCGACGAUUUAAAGAAAAUACGAGACAAGGUUGCUCAAGCAAGAGAUGUUCACUUUCAACGACUUCGGGAAACAAAAAGCAAAGACAGUGAAGAUCAUUGGAAAUCCUUAGCUCCUGAGCAGAUUAACUCAGAUGUACUAAGAGAUUAUUUCAGACUGGCUUUCAAUACUUACACACCAUAUGCCACUGUCCAUGCUGUUUGA